AUGGAGGAUCAGAGUAUAUGGCAUGAGUCAGGGGUAUAUAUCGAAGAUAGAUCUAGGCCUUAUUUGAGUGCUAACAAGGCCUAUAAAAACAAUUCUUUUAAAUCGGAAUUUCAUAUCAGAAAUCGAAAAACAUACGAUUUAUUGUUAUCUCUAGAUGCCUUUACAUUGUCUACGCGUGAAUAUCCUUUGUCAAACUCAGAAAUACGGGAAUUAAUAGAAUUAUAUUUUUAUAAAAUUAAUUCUCUUUUUCCUAUUGUUAAGGAAAAAAGGUUUUGGAAAGAAUUUGACGCAAAUGAAGCACCUACAAUUAUUGUUUAUGUGAUUGUUUUGGUGAUUCUGAGAGAUAAACUAGCGGAACCAAUAUUGAAGAAUAUGUUCGCCAGAAAUCGAGAAGUUGAUAUUGCAGGCAAUAGCUUUUCAGACGACCUAAUAAAUUUCAUCACAGAUUUGGAGUACAAAAUACGCCAAGUGACAUUAGUAUUGCCACAAUUAGGUGAUAUUGAUAAGAUUACGUUGUUGGUGGAGCUGUUAUUGUUAUCAUUCCAUUAUGGCUUUGAUAGGCUUGGUAAUGAACAGAGUUCGCAUGAUCUUACCGAUGCUAUCAAUUUAGCAGUAUCUUCUGGUAUUCAUAUGAAAAGUCCGCAUAAUAAAAAAGCAUAUAAAGAAGACAUUGAAUACACAACAAAUCUCUGGUGGUGCUGCUACGUUUUUGAUCGAUUCAAUGCACUUACAAAUUCGAGAUGUAUUUUUAUCAAGCAAGAAGAUUUCAAUAUUGACUUGCCAUAUAAUAAUAUUAAUCUUCUUAAAUUAGUGCAACUAGCAAGGUCAUUUGAAAAUAUGACAAUCGCAAUCUUCCAACCAUUUGGUAAUAAUAAUUCUCUCAACAACAAUGGCAAGAGAGACAAGUUAUUUAAUGUUGAUGAAUUCCAAAGGCUUGAGUUUGAAUUUUGUGAGAAAGAAAAGUUAGCCGGGAGCCUGUUUUCUGACGUAAAGGGCUUAGUGGCUAAUGGUAAAAUUGUCAAUACAGAUGCCUCUGUCGAAGCAUAUACUACAAGCUGUAUACAUUUCUUAACAAGGUUGAUGAACAAUAUCAUUAUUCUAAUUUCACAAAAGGUCAAAUAUGAUAACAAUCUAAUUCCUAAUUCUAUACCCGAAGCGGUUACUCUGGAAGCAUCAAAAAAUAUUCUCAGAUAUGUUAUGCAAACCAAAGAUGAAACUAGUUUGAAUAUUCCUUUAAUCCCGUGGUGUAUAACACUAGGAAUGGCAGUAUCUUUAAAGAAGAAGGCGAAGUAUUUGUUGAAGACUGGAAACAAAUACUCAGAUGAUGAUGACUGUGAAUUUGAUUUGCAUAAUUACAUUACUGUUUUAGAUCAAUAUUCGACUAAGUGGUGGGUAUUAGAUGAGAUUUCUAAACUAACAAAGGAUUUUGUUGAAAAAUUAAAUACAAGUUCAACAUUAAAUAAGAGGCAGUCAGAUGGUGAAGGAUCAGAAAAUAAAAGAUUCAAAAGCGGGAAACAGUCAAAUGGAGUUGUAAAUCAUCCGAAUAUAAUGGAUUCUUCUCGAAGUCAAACUUCAGCUAAUGUUUCCAAUUACCUGACAAGUAAUACUACAGCAGAUUAUUCUACGAGAGCGUCCAACAUGAGACCCAAUCCUAUACCGUCAAUUCUGAAUAUGCUCAACGAAAGUAGAGAAGAAAAUAUUUUUACUCCAUUUGAAUUUAAUAAUAAUACUCCAAGUAGUAAUUAUAUUGCAAAUAAUUCUGAAAAUAAUAAUGUAAUUUCGCAUGUCAAGCAAGUCAAUACACCACCAUUUUCAGAUCAGUACCACGACUUUCUAGAAUCUAUGCAUAUUGAUUUGUUUGACAACGACUUCUUGAAGGACUUCCCAAAUAUAGUUAAUCAGGUUAUGGAUGGCGAAUGA